AGAUACCAUGCAUGGUUCUCUAGUUGCCCUGCCAGCAGCUAACAUUGUAGGUUUCAAUCAAGGCACACGAGUGUUUUCUGAUGGUGUUGAUCUCAAUCGCAUCAUGCCUGGUGGUAGGGCGGGGCGGGGUAAUCUGUACGCCAAGUCGCUGUUCCAGAAGGUGUUGAGCACAGGCAUAGACUACUGCGUGGACCUGCACACAGCUUCCACGGGCCGUGUCAAUUCGCUAUACGUACGAGCCGAUAUGAAGAACCCCGUCACCGCCAAAAUGGCUAUGCUACAGAACACGCAGUUCACGCUGCAUGCCGUGGCUGCCUUUGACGGACGCGCAGACACACUGCGCAAUGCCAUGAUGGCCAUCGACGUACCUACCGUUACCUUGGAGAUAGGCGAUCCCUCGGUGUUCAAUCGCGCGCUUAUCCGCGAGGCUCUGCCGGGUAUCUUCAAUCUAAUGGACCAUUUGAGUAUGUUUGGCGAGGGCAGCCAUGCCAUGACCACUGUGGAUGACGAUGAGAACAAGCUGCCCAACGAAGCGCGUCUGUGUGUCAAGUCGGUUUGGAUGUGGACUGAUCACGGUGGUAUUCUCAAAGUGGUUGCAGAGAUUGGUGAGAAGGUGCACAAGGGUCAACGGGUGGCCUACAUUGUGGAUAUCUUCGGAGUGCUCGUUUGCAACUACUACGCUCCCGUGUCAGGAUAUGUCAUCGGCAAGAGCGUCAACCCCGUAGUGCAAGCAGGUGAUCGUAUUGCACACAUUGGUGUAGAGGGCACUCUAGACGCGUUCGGGUUGAGUGUGAAAGCCCUCGAAGAUCUGGACAUGUUGUCUGAGAUGGAGGACGAUGCAGUUGAGGAAGACGAGACUGAGCGCCAGGGCAACGAGUGCUGCUAGUAUCACCACGUGGAGUUGAGUGGGUGGAGUUGAGUGGGUUGGAGUGAAUGGACGGGUUGUGACAACCAUGGGGGUAUAUAAGCACAGCAACAGCGCUGUCAGGGGCGUUGGGUAGAGCAGUGGGUACUGUUGUGUGGGGUUGAUCGAUCGACACACGCCACACAAUUAGAACACAGCCACAGGGCGUGGUGUAUGUGGGACGACUCACCCGCACGCUCGUAAGCAGCACGGGUGGUGCUGCCGAAGGGGUUGAGGAGGAUGCAAACAAGACCUGAUGAACCUAAAACCCGAAACAGAGUUGCCAUGGGAAGUGGGUUUUUAUACGCGAGAUGGGGUCACCUGUGCUAUGGUGGUACUGUCUCAUGGGCUGCGUGGUAUGUGACAUGGGUGGCUGAGCAUCGUUGAACUGUAACUGCAGUGCAAGAGCGUAGCGGUGUAGCUGAACUCGCCGCACAGACAAACAAACGACAAACAAUAACACAACGUAAAGGAUUCAGAGACAUUGGUACGGGAAUGGUUGGUGGGAUAUGUGGGUGUCACCAGCACGUGGUAUGGGCAAAGGAGAGGGGACGAAUAAAACCCUAUACCCACGUACAUCAACCCAAAAAAAAGGACAUGCACCCCAACCAAAAAUGGGACUGAAGUAAGGGGACAUGCAACAGCCACGUGGGUCACAGACAUGGAGACAGUAGUAAAGCCCCGCCGUUCGUUUGCAGACAUCUUUGGAUGUGCACCAGUAGCGGGUGUGGUUGGGGAGAUGUCGAAACGUGUUACCACUUGUAGUAACCACGUGUAGUAACCACUUGUAGUAGCCACUUGUAUGAACCACAUGUAGUAACCACUUGUAGUAGAAGCAGCUUGUACCUGCAGUAGCUACCUGUAUGAAUGCUAGAGCGUUGUUGUAGUCUAGUAGGAUGUACCUAUAAAUAACGGAUAGGAUAGAGUGAACGUUUACAACUGGCCAGGAAGGUUGUCCACAAACCCGAUACGUACUGCGCUCCUGGAAAUAACCAAGUCAUAGUAAAUAAACUGAGUAAUCAGA